CUUCGCCUUGUUUCUCUCUGGAGUGUGUGUGUGCGUGUGUGUUCUGUGGCGACUGACGGACAUGCGCGGAGCUGCAGCGAACAUGGCGGCCGCCUGCAUCUGACAGAAAGUCAGCCUUACCAUCCAAAUUGGCACCUCCAACCCUCGGUAAGGGCCAGUCUGACUUCCUCUGCUGCUGCAGGAUAACAUCUGGGUCAUCAUGGGCCGGACGCCACAUAAAGAUCAGAAAGAGGACAAAAAAGAGAGGCCAAGCAUAGGUGCGGGUUCUGCACUUGACAAAUCUAAUGAGCCAUUCAGUUGGGAAGACUACCUGAGAAAAACCUCAUCUAUUGCAGCCUCGCCUACUUGCUUCAAACAGUCCAGAAUCCCUCCUUCCAAUGACUUCAAGGCAGGCAUGAAGCUGGAGGCUCGCGACCCGCGCAACUCCAACUCAGUGUGCAUUGCUACGGUGAUGGGCAUGAUGGGUACUCGACUACGCCUGCGUCUAGAUGGAAGUGACAACACCAACGACUUCUGGAGGCUGGUUGACUCUUCUGACAUCCAACCAAUUGGAACCUGUGAGAGGAAUGGGGACAUGCUGCAGCCCCCGCUGGGUUUUAGAAUGAAUGCCUCCUCUUGGCCCAUGUUCCUUCUCAGAACGCUGAGUGGAGCAGAAAUGGCACCAGCCUGUGCUUUUAAGAAGGAACCAGCUAGCCCCAUUAAAAAUUACUUCAAACCCGGUAUGAAGUUGGAAGCCGUGGACCGGAAGAACCCUUAUUUAAUUUGUCCGGCUACAGUGGGCGAGGUGAAAGGUCAGGAGAUCUUUGUCAUGUUUGACGGCUGGCGAGGUGCCUUCGACUACUGGUGCCACUUUGACUCCAGAGACAUCUUCCCUGUCGGCUGGUGCGUGCUGACGAAACACAGUUUACAGCCACCUGGAAACUUCUUUACACUUCCAGGUGCCCUCCUUGCCCCCGUUUCGUCUUCCUCAACCUCUCUCACAACUCGCCGUUCCACCUCCAACUCAUCCUCAUCCACCAUGCAGACUUCUUACCGACUGCCCAACCCUUUGCCGCCUCUACCAGUCCGCAAAGGUGUCCGAGGCCGCCGUCCUAAGUCGCAGACUAUUGCUUUGUUGAAGGCUGCGGCAGAAGCUGCUGCGGCUGCGUCGCACAACGGUGCAGCACAGAGCCCUGUCCGGACCACUCAACUGGCCCCCAGACCACACAGAAAGCGAGGGCCCAAGCCUGGUAGCAAGAGGAAGACCCGGGUAGUGCCGUCACUUGGCUCAUCAUCAUCAUCAUCAAUUCCAGCUCCUCCACCAGAGACCAGAUUAAGCACUAGCCAUGUCUCAGUAGAUAACCACCAUAACAACAACGCAAAUGUAGUCUGCACAGUGUGCGUAUAUGUAAACAAACAUGGUGACUAUGGCCCCCACCUUGACCGCAAACUGGUGCAGCAGCUCCCAGACCACUUUGGGCCAGCACCUGUCAACGCAGUGUUACAGCAGGCUGUCCAGGCCUGUGUGGACUGUACGUACCAGCCCUCAGUGCUGCUGUCAUUCCUACAGAGCCAGUCCCACACUGGAGGAGAGGUCAUCCGAGUGCGCUCCGAGCACGGCAUCCGUUACGUCAAGCUCCCGUCUGUCUCCAGUGCGUCCACUGUUCUGAGGUUUUUGGAGAACAUGUGUCAGCAUCUCGAGAGUGUCAGUUUAUUCAGCUCGCAGCCUUUCAGCCCCUUUAGCAAAAACACACGCUUCUUUGAAAGGACAAAGUCAGAACCGCUAUCUCACACAGAAAACAGCUCAUCUAACAACGAUUCCAAAAAGGAUCCCACUCCCAACACGCGACCCCCUCACAUAGCGCCGGACUAUCGAGCGACCAAGAGGGAACGGCCGUAUUACGCCUCGCACUCACACACGCCUCCACCUUUAAGAAGAGUCAGCUCUAACCCAAGUGAACUCGGACAAGUGCCCGCACACAGACGCGUGGAAGCAGCUAGUUCAACAACUGGUCCAGACCACGUCACACAAGACAAGGAAAGUUCAGGGAGCGACGCCUCUUCCUGGUCUGUUGAUGACGUGAUCCGGUUUGUUCAAGAUGCUGACCCGCAUACGCUUGGUCCACAUGUGGAGCUGUUUAGGAAGCAUGAGAUCGACGGUAAGGCUCUGAUGCUUUUGCGCAGUGAUGUCAUCAUGAAGUACAUGGGACUGAAGCUGGGCCCCGCACUCAAACUCUGUCAUCACAUUGAGAAGCUGAAACAGACCAAACAGUAAAACGGGCCAUCCGUUCCCUCUCACUGGCAAACAUAAACACAAGUAUGUGUUUUUGCACAGGGAUGAAGCACUGACGGAAGCAGCACACAUGUCCGUCUUUGUGCUCUUUUAUGUACUGUACAUACCGUGUGUACAUUUGGGGAGUGUUAGCCGUCCGCAGGCUAUAGUCAAUCAACAGCUUAUACUUUCUUGGUGUUUUGUUUUCUUUCCAAAACAUUCUCAACAUUAUACUUUUGAUAUUAGGGCAAAAAAAAUAUUAUAGCAGAGAUGUCUUGGUAAUAGUUCAUUACACAGAUACAGUAUGACGAAAUAAAACAUCAAAAAUGUAAGUUCAAUGCAAGUUCAAGAACAUCUUUUUGGUCUUAGUUUCACACGGGGGAUUUCGCUCGUGACCUCAGUAUUUUUGCUCUGAUAUAAUCUAUUUUUUUAUUUCACCAAACAUUUACUACGUCAAAGAAGUAUGUUUUUUGAUCAUUAGCAUAAGUGUAAUUAGUAUCUAAUAUCUGCAAAGGCAUGUUUUUGUAUUAAGUCUUUUUUGCCUUAGCAUGAACAUCUGGCCAUUAUUUAAUUUUAAGCACACAACCUCAGACAGACACUGUAGCUUUGCUGUUUCAACAUUUUUACACUGACAUCGAACACUCACUGUUGUGAUGUUCGCCUACAAUGCAAUAACAUUUCUGACUGAUUGCUUCUUAGAAUGUAAUAAAUAGGGCACUGGAGUGUCACAGUCACAUUUGUGAGAAGUGAGGGGGAAUGUCCAAAUGUCGAAGGUUAAUAGGAAGAGCUGACAAAUAUUUAAAAAAAAUACUGAAUCCAUCAUUUUGCUGAAGAUCUUGCACUCCUGCUGUACUUGCAAAAAAAAAAAAAAAAAGUGUGUUACUUGUCUCCUCCAUGAGCUCACCGGUUUCCAACUUGAGUUUAGUUACUGUAUUACGUUUUGACAGUUGCUCAUAUGAUAACUGGAAUCUUGCAAGUAUUAACAUUGAAAAUAAAAAGGCAAGGUCAUUUACUGCCAUAGCUGUACUCAAAGUGUUCCCAAGACAGAAAGUUUGUCCAAAUAUGCCAAAUGUUUCUUAGACAUUUUAUUGUAUAAUAAAGUGUCUCAAGCUUG